CUGCGCCUUUCUUCAUAGCAAGAGUCUGUAAUAGCUCACCAAAGAGACUGUCUUUGUGUGUAUUAGAGAGAGAGAGAGACAUAGAGACAGAGAGAGAGCUCCCGCCCCGCUUUCGCUGACGUUUGUUUCUCCACCAGAGUCAAGAAUAGAGGCCGGAGACUACCGUUUUAAAGAUACAUUGGUACUAAAAGAAAAUACUUUAACCAAUGGCCAUCGGGGAGAGAGAUGAUUCUAUAGCGAGGAACAAAAGAAAGUUCUUAGCUGCUGAAGCUUCUUCAUUGGCGGUAUCAUCAUCUGAUAGGCUUCAGAGUUCUAUCGAUUGUGCUGAAGAAGAAAAUGAAGAAGAAGAAGAUGGAUCAAUGCUGCCUGGCUGGAAUGACCCUAUAGCAUCCCAGCUGGAAGAGUUAUUGAUACGUGAGUUAACCGAGGGUUUUCAAACCGCGAUUCGGAAGAUUAUGGAUCUCAACUACACAAAAGAGAUGGCCGAAUUUGCUGUCUUAAAGAGUGGCUUUUCCUAUGCUGGUGGUAAGGAUUUCAUUGCAGAAAUCAUUGAGAGCGCCACGAUUUAUCUGAAGAAAGGGAAGAAGGCCUCGGGAUCCAUGGAAUUCGAUAACCUAGAGAACAUGGCUGAGUACAUAUUGCUCGAGAUGAUAAAUGUUCUUACGGAGGUUAAACCUUCCACAAGUAUAUCAGAAGCUAUGUGGCUUUUGUUGAUAUUCGACUUAAAUCUCACCAAUGCCUGCUCAACGUCAGACAGCCAUAACUCUAAUUUUACUAAUGUAUCCCAGGUCUCAAAACCUUCUAUUCCUCAUGAAGAAGAUAUUUCGGUUGGAUGUAAAAACUGCCGUAUGUGUUUACAGAAGGUGGCGGUUUCAUCCAAAUCGUCAUCAUUUGGAGUUUCAGGUGAGAUUGACGUGAAGUUGUCUUGUGGUAGAAGGUCGCAAUCGGGUAACCAUUCGAAGAGGGAUAUUCUUAGGCAGAAGCUUCAUGUUGAGAAGGGCAAUAAGGGUCAUACUUCAAAGGUGGCGAUAAGAGCUAAGAUCACUACCUUGGUUUGCGAAAGAAAACCCAAGUCUUCAUCCGAAUCUUCUAUUUCAAGCAUGAAGAACAGUUCGAUGAGGUUGAAAACUGCAUUGAGCAAGAAAGUCUCUCGAUAUAACAAUAAUACUAAUACUAAUAAAUCCUUGGAGACGAAUCUGAUGGCUGAGAACGUUGAUAAGGCUGUCGUUGAUUAUUAUGCUGGCAUUCCUUACGACGAGUCUUCAAAACGCUAUAGCCCACAAAACCCCAGGGACGAAGUGGUCAUUACUCUUGUCCCGCACCUACAAUCGUUGCAGAAAGACAUCAAAGGUUGGUCCGAAUGGGCAAUGGAAAAGGUAAUGCAGGCUACCUGGAGGCUAAGCAAGGACAGUUCUGAACUUAAGGCUUUGAGGCAAGAGAGAGAUGACACUGAUAAGUUCACGAAAGAUAAGCAAUCAUUAGAAGAUAACACAGUGAAACGACUUUCAGAAAUGGAGAAUGCUUUGGCUAAUGCUAGCGGACAAGUGGAUAUGGCUAGCACCACUGUGCGAAGGCUGGAGGAAAAUAAUUCGGAUUUAAGAAAGGAACUGGAGUUGAAAAGGAAGGAAGCUCAAGAGGCUGCUGAUAAAUUGGAGGAAGCUCUGUUGAAGGAGCAGGUUUUACAGAAGAAAAUUCAAUCAUGGCCGAAAGAGAAGUGUUUUCUGGUUGAGGAGAAGGAUGAAGGAUUGAGCAAGGUAAGUGAGAUGAAGCAAAAGGUUGAGAAGGUGAAAAGCAUUUGCAACCGCUUUGAGGUAUUGUAUAAAGAGGAACAAAAGGCAAAAGAAAUGCGGUUGAAGCAGGCUAAGACUGUAAGAAAAGAGAAAGAGAGUCUAGAAGCUUGGGGCUUAGAAGAGGAGGAGCGGAUUAAAAGAAGGGCGGAAGAUGGGCUGCAGAAGCACAAGUCCGUUAUAAAAGAUCUGGAGCGUAGGAUAUCUGAAAUGAAAUUUGAAUCUGAAUGUUCUGAAUUAGCAGCCCUUAGAAGGAGUGGUUUUGGAACAUUUACUGGCGGUGGUGAUGGUGAUGGCGCACCUUUUCAAAGUGGUGGCAGCAGCAGUGACAAGAAGAGGUUGGAAGUAUUUCGUGGAAAUUUUGCAGAAAAUAUAAAAAAGGAGACCGAGGAAGAAGAAGAAGGAGAAGGAAGGGAAUGUGUAAUGUGCCUUACAUAUGAAAUGGAGGUUGUUUUUCUUCCAUGUGCACACCAAGUUCUUUGCAGAUAUUGCAAUGAACUGCACAAGACAGGGAUGAACUUUUGUCCCUCUUGCAGAGCUGACAUUGAGGGAAGGAUACUUGUCAAAUAUGUUUAAGCUUAAGCCACCAGCAACUAGCUAUUAUAAUAAUCACAUGGGUUUCAUUGUAGGAACAUUAUGGUUCUUAUGUUACUUUUACAUUAUUUUCAUAAUUUCUUGUAUACCUUCCUGAAAGAAACUAAAAAGGUUUAGAAAAAUUAAUAAACAUGAGUUUUGAUUAUAGACAGACAGACUUCUGUAUGAUUA